GUGGAUAGAUGCAUUUUCCAACUUUUUACAGUUCCCAAGGUUGUUUUGUUCGCUCUGUCGGCUUAAUGCUAUUAAACACUUCAUGUUUAGGUCGUUAACACUGUAAUUCGUUAAUUAGUGAAACUGCUGCGCUGAAAAAGACUGUGUCGAGGAAACCAAUCACGAUCCCCUCUCAGCCCCAACAAUGUCCAUACCAUCGCCGACGACUGGAGAUACUGUAGUUGAGAAGAAGAAACCGAGCGAGAAUGUAUCGCUAGCUGACAACAGCUUACUGGUAGACAUAUCAGAUGCCCUCAGCGAAAAGGAAAAAGUGAAGUUCACCGUCCACACCAAAACCACUCUCCCGGAGUUCCAGAAAUCGGAGUUCCUUGUUGUUCGGCAGCACGAGGAGUUUGUGUGGCUGCAUGACAGAUAUGAGGAGAAUGAGCAGUACGCUGGGUACAUCAUACCGCCGGCGCCCCCCCGUCCAGACUUUGACGCCUCUCGUGAAAAACUACAACGCCUCGGCGAAGGCGAAGGUGCCUUGACUCGGGAGGAGUUCCUUAAGAUGAAAGAAGAAUUGGAGGAUGAAUACUUGGCUACGUUCAAGAAGACAGUGGCAAUGCACGAAGUGUUCCUCCAGCGUCUGGCCUCACAUCCGGUCUUCAGGAACGAUUCUCAUCUCCGCGUGUUCCUCGAGUAUGAGAGGGACUUGUGCGCCAAGCCGAGGGCUAAGAUACACCUUAUCACUACACUGGUCCGCUCAAUGACAACGACCACAGAUGAGAUCUACCUCGGCGCCACAGUGCGAGACGUGAAUGAUUUCUUCGAGCAAGAAACUACCUUCCUCCAGGAGUACUACACGCACCUGAAGGAAGCUGUGGCAAGGGUAGACCGCAUGACUUCCAAACAUAAAGAGGUAGCCGACGCUCACAUAAAGCUAUCGUCGUGCAUAACUCAGCUAGCGACGAGAGAGCAGCCACACACAGAGCGCUUCCUGACCCGUGCCGCAGACACCUUCGAUAAGUGCCGGAAAAUCGAAGGUCGCAUGGCAUCAGACCAGGACCUUAAACUGGCCGAUACUCUACGGUACUAUAUGAGGGACGCUCACGCCGCCAAAGCUGUACUUGUGAGGAGACUGAGAUGUCUCGCCGCAUACGAAGCUGCUAAUAGGAACCUCGAGAAAGCGAGGGCUAAAAACAAGGAUGUACACGCUGCGGAGCAGGCUCAAGCCGCGGCCUGCGCACGAUUUGAAGAACUGUCCGCGCGAGCGCGCGAGGAACUAAUCGACUUCAGGGCGAGACGUGUCGCUGCCUUCAAGAAGAGCCUUAUAGAUCUGGCGGAGUUGGAGAUAAAACACGCGCGCGCGCAGCAAGAGCUCUUCAGGAAGUCGCUGCAAGUGCUUAAAGAGUGUCAGUAGAUACACCAAGGGCCAUGCAUCAACCCACAGAACUUUAUUUAUAUAGAAGAAACAAGUUCAUAUAUUUGUAUAGGGGCCGAGCGUGUCAAAUUUUGUACUGAAGUUGUUUCUUGCGUGUAAUUUUAAAUAUGUCUCAGGCUCUUGAUUGUU